CAGGACCACACAUGCUAGCUGUUGCCAUGUAGCAGUACUGAUACAUGCUAUGAUGAAGAUCUCUUAAGUACGCAAGGAAAUAAGUUGAGGUUCAGAGAAAUCCGCUGCCGAGAGCACUCAGGCCUUCCAGCUCCGCUCCAUCCCCAGCCUCUGUGUCAGCGCUGCCACCACCACCACUGAGUGUCCAGGGCGCGGCGAGCCAGGGCGAUGCCGGACCCCGCGGCGCAUCUGCCCUUCUUCUACGGCAGCAUCUCGCGCGCCGAGGCCGAGGACCAUCUGAAGCUGGCGGGCAUGGCCGACGGGCUCUUCCUGCUGCGCCAGUGCCUGCGCUCGCUCGGCGGCUACGUGCUCUCGCUGGUGCACGACGUGCGCUUCCACCACUUCUCCAUCGAGCGGCAGCUCAACGGCACCUAUGCCAUCGCCGGCGGGAAGGCGCACUGCGGCCCUGCCGAGCUCUGCGAGUUCUACUCGCGCGACCCCGACGGGCUGCCCUGCAACCUGCGCAAGCCGUGCAACCGGCCGCCGGGGCUCGAGCCGCAGCCCGGGGUCUUCGACAGCCUGCGCGAAACCAUGGUGCGCGACUACGUGCGCCAGACGUGGAAGCUGGAGGGCGAUGCUCUGGAGCAGGCCAUCAUCAGCCAGGCCCCGCAGGUGGAGAAGCUAAUCGCCACCACCGCGCACGAGCGCAUGCCCUGGUACCACAGCAGCCUGACGCGCGAGGAGGCCGAGCGCAAACUCUACUCGGGCUCGCAGACCGACGGCAAGUUCCUGCUGAGACCCCGGAAGGAGCAGGGCACUUACGCACUGUCCCUCAUCUAUGGAAAGACCGUGUAUCACUACCUCAUCAGCCAGGACAAGGCAGGCAAAUACUGCAUCCCUGAGGGCACCAAGUUUGACACACUCUGGCAGCUGGUGGAGUACCUGAAGCUGAAGGCUGAUGGGCUCAUCUUCUGCCUGCGAGAGCCAUGCCCCAAUGCCAGCGCUAGUGCCAGCACAGUGGCUGCAGCUCCCACUCUCCCAGCUCACCCUUCCACCUUCACCCAUAGGCGGGUUGACACGCUCAACUCAGAUGGAUACACCCCUGAGCCAGCACGCCUGGCAUCCCCGGAGAGAUCGAGGCCCAUGCCCAUGGACACAAGCGUGUAUGAGAGCCCUUACAGCGACCCUGAGGAGCUCAAGAACAAGAAGCUCUUCCUGAAGCGUGAUAACCUCAUCAUGGCUGACAUCGAACUUGGCAGCGGCAACUUUGGUUCCGUGCGUCAGGGCGUCUACCGCAUGCGCAAAAAGCAGAUCGACGUGGCCAUCAAGGUGUUGAAACAUGGCACGGAGAAGGCGAAUAAAGAUGACAUGAUGCGUGAAGCACAGAUCAUGCACCAGCUGGACAAUCCUUACAUCGUGCGGCUCAUUGGCCUAUGCCAGGCCGAGGCGCUCAUGCUGGUCAUGGAGAUGGCAAGCAGUGGGCCCCUGCACAAGUUCCUCCUGGGGAAGAAGGAGGAGAUUCCAGUCAGCAAUGUGGCAGAGCUGCUGCACCAAGUGUCCAUGGGGAUGAAGUACCUGGAGGAGAAGAACUUUGUGCACCGAGACCUAGCAGCACGUAAUGUACUUCUAGUGAACCGGCACUACGCCAAGAUCAGUGACUUUGGGCUCUCUAAGGCCCUGGGUGCCGAUGACAGCUACUACACAGCCCGCUCAGCGGGAAAGUGGCCGCUUAAGUGGUAUGCACCUGAGUGCAUCAACUUCCGCAAGUUCUCCAGUCGUAGUGACGUGUGGAGCUAUGGCAUCACCAUGUGGGAGGCCUUUUCCUAUGGCCAGAAGCCCUACAAGAAGAUGAAGGGGCCGGAGGUCAUGGCUUUCAUUGAGCAGGGCAAUAGGAUGGAGUGCCCAUCAGACUGCCCGCCAGAAGUGUACAAACUCAUGAGUGACUGCUGGAUCUACAAGUGGGAGGAGCGCCCAGACUUUGUGGCGGUGGAGCAGCGCAUGCGCACCCACUACUACAGCCUGGCGAGCAAGGUGGAGAACCCUGAUGGAGACCGAAAGGGAGCCGGGGUGACAGCCACCUGA